AUGAGCCGGCGGAGUCUCUCACUCCGGUUCCCGCUGCUUCUGUUGCUGCUGCCGACGCCCCCGGUCCUAGCAGCGGCCCCCGGGGUGCCCGCGCCGGUGAACCCCUGUUGCUACUAUCCAUGCCAGCACCAAGGCAUCUGCGUCCGCUUUGGUCUCGAUCUCUACCAAUGUGACUGCACUCGCACGGGCUACUCCGGCCCCAACUGCACCGUCCCGGAGUUAUGGACCUGGCUCCGGAAUACAUUAAGACCCAGCCCUUCCUUUCUCCAUUUCCUGCUGACCCACGGGCACUGGCUUUGGAAGUUUAUAAAUGCCACCUUCAUCCGUGAUAUGCUUAUGCGCAUGGUACUCACAGUGCGUUCCAACCUUGUUCCCAGCCCUCCAACCUACAACUCAGCACAUGACUACAUCAACUGGGAGUCCUUCUCCAAUAUGAGCUAUUACACCCGAAUUCUGCCCUCUGUGCCUCAAGACUGCCCAACACCCAUGGGAACCAAAGGGAAGAAGCAGUUGCCAGAUGCCCAGCUCCUGGCCCGUCGCUUCUUGCUCAGGAGGAAGUUCAUACCUGAUCCUCAAGGCACUAACCUCAUGUUUGCCUUUUUUGCACAACAUUUUACUCACCAAUUCUUCAAAACUUCUGGCAAGAUGGGUCCUGGCUUCACCAAGGCCCUGGGCCAUGGGGUAGACCUGGGCCACAUUUAUGGAGACAACCUGGAACGUCAGUAUCAGCUGCGACUCUUAAAGGAUGGAAAACUCAAGUACCAGGUGCUGGAUGGAGACAUGUACCCUCCAUCGGUGGAAGAAGCACCUGUGUUGAUGCACUACCCCAAGAACAUUUCGCCCCGGAGCCAGAUGGCUGUGGGCCAGGAGGUGUUUGGGCUGCUUCCCGGGCUCAUGCUGUAUGCCACAAUCUGGCUACGCGAGCACAAUCGUGUGUGUGACCUGCUGAAAGCCGAGCACCCCACCUGGGAUGACGAGCAGCUCUUCCAGACAACCCGCCUCAUCCUCAUAGGGGAGACCAUCAAGAUUGUCAUUGAGGAGUAUGUGCAGCAGCUGAGUGGCUACUUCUUGCAGUUGAAGUUUGACCCAGAGCUGCUGUUCGGAGCCCAAUUCCAGUACAGCAACCGCAUUGCAGUGGAGUUCAACCAGCUCUACCGCUGGCACCCGCUCAUGCCCAACUCCUUUAAGGUGGGCUCCCAAGAGUACACCUACGAGCAGUUCUUGUUCAAUACCUCGAUGCUGGCGGACUACGGGGUUGAGGCUCUCGUGGAUGCUUUUUCUCGUCAGGUUGCGGGCCGGAUCGGUGGUGGGAGGAACAUAGACCAGCACGUCCUGCACGUGGCUGUGGAGGUCAUCAAGGAGUCUCGAGAAUUGCAGCUGCAGCCCUUCAAUGAAUAUCGCAAGAGGUUUGGCAUGAAACCCUACACUACUUUCGAGGAGCUCACAGGAGAGAAGGAGAUGGCGGCUGAAUUGGAAGAGCUGUAUGGUGACAUUGAUGCCAUGGAGUUCUAUCCAGGGCUGCUUCUUGAGAAGUGCCUUCCAAACUCCAUUUUUGGGGAGAGUAUGAUAGAAAUUGGGGCUCCCUUUUCCCUCAAGGGCCUCCUAGGGAAUCCCAUCUGUUCUCCGGAGUACUGGAAACCAAGCACAUUUGGUGGCGAGGCAGGUUUCAACAUUGUCAAGACUGCCACACUGAAGAAGCUGGUGUGCCUCAACACCAAAACAUGUCCCUACGUUGCCUUCCGUGUGCCGGACCCCAGCCAGGAUGAACAGCCUAGUGUGGAGCGGCCAGCCACAGAGCUCUAA